UUCAAUUCGUCAUUAGCCCUUUCUCUCUCUUCAUCAUUCUCCUCUUUAAUCAUAUCUUCAUCACUAUCAGCAUCAGUAAAUCUUCAUCAUUAUCAGCAUCAGUACUUGGUGUUGAUUCUGUGCAACAAUGGCUAAACUGUGUGUUCUCUUUUUCCUUCUGCUUUUAUCUCUCACUCCAGGAGGAAAUCUGUUGACAGUCAAUGCCAAUGGUCAGAGAUGCUGGUGUGUGGCAAAGCCUUCAUCAGAUCAAGCUACUCUUCUAGCUAAUAUAAAUUAUGCUUGCUCUCAAGUUGAUUGCCGAAUUCUGCAAAAAGGGUGUCCCUGUUCCACACCUGAUAAUCUCAUAAACCAUGCCUCCAUAGCCAUGAACCUCUACUUUCAGUCCAAGGGAAGAAACCACUGGAAUUGUGACUUCAGAGGCUCUGGCCUCAUCGUUAUCACUAAUCCAAGUUAUGGUAACUGCAUUUAUGCAUAGAAGAUGGGAUAACAAACGGGGGCAAGAUUAAUCGUUUAGUUGUUCAAUAUGUAGUUAUAGAUAUAUAUGUAUUCAACUUGAGUUGUAUCCAGGGUCUGUGUCUGUUCAUAUUUCAAUUUCCCUUGGUUAAUCAAUCCCAUCAAGUUUAGCAGUU